AAAUUGGUAUGGUGGGAGGGGAGGGGUGCGGAGGGCGCGGAGCGCGGCAGUCUCGGUUCGGCCGCUCGAGGGGACGCCGUGCCGCUCGCUUUAUCAACAAUAGAUCAUAAAAAUCGAACAAAUCCUCACUAUAACCUAGUUUUAGUAGUUUACAUUUAUUUUAAGCAACAUUUUAAUUAGUUUCAAUUUAAAAAACGAAGUUUCCAACAUCGACUUAGAUAAAGAAAUUACUCUAAGACUAAAAGGACGUAUAGAUUAAAAUUGUGCCUCUUUUUAAUUUCGAUAAGAUUAAGUUUUAACGAACGAUAACGUGAGUGUGCGUGCCAGUGUCGGUAAUUAACGCUUUUCAGUGCAGCGGUAUUACUAGUGUUGUAAAAAGAUUGGAUUUUGGUGCUUUUAAGACCGAAAAAAUGGCAGACCGCCAAUAAACGCCCAAAAAUGCCACAAACGCGCGCGCGGCAGCGGUGACUACCAAACGACAGAUGGCGCUGCUCACCAACUCGACGCAGCCUAGCGCCUCGGCGUCGCAAGCGCACCCCGCCACGCCGCUGCACCACUACUUCCACUACUUGAAGCAGCCGUCACCGUUGGCGCAGAACCCUUACGCUCAUCACACGAGCGCGCACCACAUGGGGAUGGGACCAGGGCCGUUGGGCGGGCUCGGCCCGUUCGGGCUGACCCAUCAUGGGCUUGAGGCUGUUGGGUUUCCGCAAGGCGUGAAUCCCCGAAAGCAGCGGCGGGAGCGAACGACGUUCACACGCGCGCAGCUCGACGUUUUGGAGGCGUUAUUUGGCAAGACGAGGUACCCCGACAUCUUCAUGAGAGAAGAGGUGGCGCUCAAGAUCAACCUGCCGGAGUCUAGAGUUCAGGUCUGGUUCAAGAACCGAAGAGCAAAAUGCCGGCAGCAGCUCCAGCAGCAGACCAACACGCAGAUCUCCAGCAAGUCCUCCAGCUCCAAAACCUCCAUCUCCUCCAGCCUCAAGUCCUCCAACACCUCCUCAAAAAUCACCACCUCCAAGUCCUUAACCAGCUCAAGCAACAGUCUCACUACAAACACAUCCAGUAUAGCUACAUCAUCACCUAACUUACCCAUAACCCCUACCACUUCUGUGAGUCCCCCAAUAAAUGUUAUCUGCAAGAAAGAGUCCGCACCAAACUAUGACUCUUCCUCCAAAAACAACACACUAUCGUCCAUAAGCCACCAUUACUCCAAUGACGCUUUACGAUUAAGUGGAAAAGACGAUUCAAACGUCCAUGGAUACGGAGUCACCCCAAAACAGGAAUUAUACUCCAGCCCGAAAAGACUGGAUUACUCAGGAAAGGUGGACUAUUCUGAAAAGUCUUUUGGUAGCAGCUUGGUAAAAGACCAGUACAGCUCGAGAUUAACCGGGAAUCUAACGCCUUUAGGGUCGAAUUCCUCUAUAAUGACCACCCCCUCCCCUCCCAUCACUCCCCAAAGCCUGAACGGGCCGGGGAACGUCUAUCACCCGGACAGCUACAACAGCUUCCAUUGGCCGGGCAGUUCGGAUUAUAUAAGAAGUUAUUCGUCGUCGCAUCAUCAUCAAGGGUAUGGGCAGGGCGCCUAUAACUCCCCGUAUUAUCCCAGUCAGAUGGAAUACUUCAACGGUUCCUCCGUCAACCAGUCGCACGGCAGCCACCACGGCCACAACCUGACCACCAACGGCAACCAGCUCUACAACCAGGUAUCCUUCGGCAACCCCUCGCCCACCGCCGCCUGGCCCUCUCACCACAACAUCCUCUCCUCUGGCCCCGAGUCCCCAGAGAACCAGUCCCAGAACUCCCCACACCUGAGCAUGCUCCAAGCUUCACAAAUAACCAACUUCUCCAACACCGGUAACAGUUACUUCGCGCCGGAAAAAUACGGUAUCAACAUGGUUUAGUGUAUCUAGUCUUUCUUAGGUUAUUUUGUAAAUAGUGUGUCAGCCGCCGGGAAAACGAGCGCGCUCGCGGAAACUCCCGUUAUUUCUUGUUUUCGACGCGUAUUUUCAUUAAACUUUAAAAUGCUAUUCAAUAUUCGCGAGCGUGUUCUAAAUUAUUUCUUUUUACAGAAUAUUGGGUAGCUUUUAAAGGGUUUUGAAUGUACGUUUAUAGGACAUAUCAUUGUUAACAAAAAUAACGUUUUUGGUAACUCGGAGCGGCGGCGCGCGGAUUUCCCGGCGGCGCUGAAAUUGAGGCGAAGUUUCUUUUGUAAAUUAAAGUUUCGAGCGAGGGAGGGAUUACGUUUUGCGCUUACUUAAAUAUUCUCACAUUAAUCAACUUAAAACGACAACUUUUGCGUUACUUUUUCUUAAAUUAACGAGAUACUUUAUUCAUAUUACGGACACUGUUCAUUUUCUUAAAAGUACCGCUAAAUUUGGAACUAAAAAUACACCUUUCUGAACAGCGAUAAUCUCAAUUCUCGCUUGAAUAAUAAUUUACUAAUAAAUUAAAAAGUGUUUAAAACUAAAAAUUACCAAAUAACGAGAAUCAACGAAAGAAAAACCCUGGUCAUCAAAAGGCCUAAUUGAAAUUGUAUCGAAAUUUGCCAUAUUGUUUUACCCACUAACUUUAGUUUAAUGUAUAGAGAUUUCAUUUUCAUAUACUUGCCUCUUUCCUAUGUAAAAAGACCUGAGUCAUAUCACUUAUUAUAUUUAAAGAAAAUAGGCUAUGUUAGUACAGAACUCGCUAAAUAAAAUAAAUAAAUAUAGUUUUAAUCCUGUAAAUAAGUUAAGAGUUUUAUUUUUAAAAACAAUUUGUAAAUGUGUGUGCUCCGGAUGUAUAUGUGACUUAUAUAGUUUAGAUUAAAUUUAAGAUUUAUUUUUAUGACCAGUGGGCAACUGUGAUUGUCUAAUACUUAAAUACUCCUAACUUAUUACUUUGGGCAAUUAAGGAUCAUAUGAAUUAUAUGUUCUUUUUAUUGCAAAGUAAUCGUAUUUAAUUAUUAUUGAGUGGACUGUUA